GAGACUUCCGGUAAAAGGGCGCUGAUUUUAAAAACAAAAAUAAUCAUCACAUUUUUCAAUUUGAUUGCCAUACUCAUCGGUGUCUGGAUGGCUGUGUAAAUAAAAACAUCUGAAAAGUGAAGAAUUUUGCCCUUCCAAAUUUUGUACGUAAACACCAUGGAACUGGGUAGUUUGCCAAUGCUGAUGAACCAUUUCUGUGAGAAGUUGGAAGGCAUUCGUUUUAUGAUUGACCUGAAGGAGAACAAGAGAGCUGAUGAAGAUGAAGAGGAAAGUACUUGUCAGGAACAUAUUGAACACCUCUCAGAAGAUAUUGACUCACUCUCAGCAAUUCUUCUAGAUAUCAAAUCAGUUCUGAAACAAAGACAACAGAAAGUGGAUGAAAUGAAGGCUUUGACAGAAUCACUUGAUAUCAGCAGUCUGCAACAUUUGUUGGAUAAUAUUCCUCCACAUCUACCAAAGCCAGUGAAAGCAGAUCCACCCCAACAAAAAUCCUGUGAAAGCCGAACAGUUGUAGAAUCCUCUUCCUCCAAUGAUAAAGAGAACAUCCCAGAUAAAAGGAGUCAGUCCAGAGGAAGGAGGCAAGCCAAGGCAGUCUAUAUCCCCGCCCUGGUCUACAUAACUGUGGAGGAAUUCGAGGAGGUUCCAAAAUACAUGAAAGGGAGACUGAAUUACAAUCAGGUAAACACUGCCAUUGAUGAGCUAAAUAAGGCAUUGAGUGAGAAGUACAAAAUUCUAGGAAUGAAGAGAACUACGCUUAAUGAUGCGAACAGGAAGCGAUACGAGAGAUACAAAGAACAGGAGUCUAAGGACACCAAAGGAGAGCACUUCAUAGUGGAUACUGACAUCAAGGAAUUUACCAAUUUCAAACUGGACAGUGUUGGACGAUCAGUGUUAACAAUACUACGACAUUGUGGUCGGACCAAAGAAAUCCGGGGAGGAAGGCUCACUCGAUACGCGUGUAUAGAAGUCUACUAAACCAGGCGUGAAUCUUCAAUUAUCAACUGAAUCUAUCUUGUUUUAUAUGCAAAAAAAAAAAUGAAAGAAUAUUGAUACCGUUCAUAAACUGAUCAAUACCAUACUGUGAUCUUGAAACAAUUCAAGGAGAGAUAACUUUUGUGUGUACACUUUCAUCAAUGUUUCAUUGUCUUCCUUUACCUAAGCUCUGAGCAGAAUGACAGUUAAGACAUCUUG